GAACAUCGCCUUUGGGUGUCCUAUAACGGAGGGAAAACGUCGUCUUUGAGUACAGUAUUUCACGGCUGGAGAAACAUCGCCAUGUUGAGUGUUCCGCAGCGGAAAAAAGGUCGCCAUUUUGAGUGUCCACAACAGAGACACCGGCGCCAUAUUCAGUGUCCCCACGCGACGUUCCGCCCACCACUUCACUCUGAACUGCCGGCAGGUUGUUACGACCGGAAGUUCCACCAUUUUGAUCGGGCCCCUACCUUAGGAGCGGAGCGAGGAGUCGGAUUCUGAAGGAAGAGUGUGAGUAGCGGAAAACAACAUAGUGCGUGACUCGAGGAGGGCUUGAAGAUCAAGGAGCCUUCCUGGACUGGAGUGGAGGAGUGUUCCUGUGCUGGAGUUCAAACAUGGACUGAAUACGCUUUCUGUGUGUGUGUGUGUGAUUCAGUUGUGGAGCCUUGUAAAGAGAGGCCUGUUUCUGCCCUCGGCUUCAUCCAGGAAAAUGUCUUCCUUCAAGUUGGACUUCCUGCCGGAGAUGAUGGUGGAUCACUGCACCCUGAGCUCUAACCCUGUAUCAAAGAAAAUGAAUGGGUCUCUGGAUCACCCCGACCAGCCUGACAUCGACUCCAUCAAGAUGUUUGUGGGUCAGAUUCCAAGGUCCUGGUCUGAAAAAGAACUAAAAGAACUUUUUGAACAGUACGGUGUUGUGUAUGAAAUUAAUGUACUCCGCGACAGAAGUCAAAACCCUCCUCAGAGUAAAGGUUGUUGCUUUGUAACGUUUUAUACCCGUAAAGCAGCACUGGAAGCACAAAAUGCCCUUCACAAUAUGAAGAUUCUGCCCGGGAUGCACCAUCCUAUACAGAUGAAGCCAGCAGACAGUGAGAAGAACAAUGCAGUAGAAGACAGGAAGCUAUUCGUGGGGAUGAUUUCCAAGAAAUGCAAUGAGAACGACGUGCGUGUCAUGUUCUCCCCUUUCGGACAGAUAGAAGAAUGUAGAAUAUUACGGGGCCCAGAUGGACUGAGUAAAGGUUGUGCAUUUAUAACAUUUACAACAAGAUCAAUGGCUCAGAAUGCAAUCAAAACAAUGCACCAGUCACAGACGAUGGAGGGCUGUUCUUCACCGAUCGUUGUGAAAUUUGCUGACACACAGAAAGAUAAAGAGCAGAAGAGAAUUGCCCAGCAGCUCCAACAGCAGAUGCAGCAGCUCAGUGCAGCCACCAUGUGGGGGAGCUUGGCCGGGCUCAACACACUGGGACCCCAGUACCUGGCACUUUAUUUACAGCUCCUACAACAGACUGCAUCCUCUGGGAACCUCAACACACUGAGUAAUCUGCACCCUAUAGCUGGUCUCAGUGCUAUGCAGUUACAGAACCUUGCUGCUCUGGCUGCAGCUGCAAGUGCAGCUCAGAGCACUACGGCGGGCUCCAACGCAUUGAACACAGGCAGCAGCCCCCUGAGUGCACUAGCCAGUUCAGGUUCAUCGAGCAACAACAGUACAAACUCCUCGGUAAACCCAAUGGCAUCCUUGGGAGCGCUGCAGACUUUGGCAGGGGCAACAGGAGGCCUCAAUGUUAACUCUUUAGCAGGUAUGGCGGCUUUGAAUGGCGGACUGGGAACCGGGGCUCUAUCAAAUGGGACAGGGAGUACAAUGGAUGCUCUGACCCAGGCAUACUCGGGGAUUCAGCAGUAUGCAGCUGCAGCACUCCCUUCUCUCUAUAACCAGAGUCUGCUUACACAGCAGAGCUUGAGCGCAGCAGGAAGCCAGAAGGAAGGACCAGAGGGAGGUAAUCUGUUUAUUUACCACCUGCCUCAGGAGUUCGGAGAUCAGGAUCUGCUCCAGAUGUUUAUGCCGUUUGGGAAUGUCAUUUCUGCCAAGGUUUUCAUUGACAAACAGACGAACUUGAGCAAAUGUUUUGGGUUUGUAAGCUAUGACAAUCCAGUCUCCUCGCAGGCUGCUAUACAAGCAAUGAAUGGCUUUCAGAUUGGUAUGAAACGCCUGAAGGUCCAACUUAAGCGAUCAAAGAACGACAGCAAGCCAUACUGAGCUUUGAUCAAAAUGAACUUGAGUUUAAACAUGUUCACUGAUAUCUUCGUGCCCGUUUGUUCAUCGUCUACCUAGCAUGUUGCUGUGACGUCAAAGUUCAUCGUCCCUCGUUGUCUCUGAGCUUCUCUGAUGCUUGACCUCUACUGACUUUGACCUUGUUUUUGACAUUAAAUUUGAUGUAUUUCAGAAUUUUUUUGUUUUUCCUCUCUUUGCCAGCCUCCCUUGCCCCACCCACCCUUAUAACCCCCACCCCACCCAACACACACACACCCUUCAGUGCUGCUGGGGCAGACCACUUUAAGCAAGCUUACAAAAGAUUGCUGCGUUCAAAAUUUUGAGAGUCUAUUUUUCUAGAAUUUCUUAACUAAAUUGCAGCAUUUUGACACUUUCUACUCCUUUUAGCAAAGCAGCUUUUCUGGCACUAGCAGAGGACUUUGUAUCUUGACCAUCCAAUCAGCAAACAAACAGAAAUGACUUGUGUGUGCUCCUGUUUCAUUUUUUUUAAGUGUGUUGUGUGUUAGGGAAGUAUGAAGUGUUUAUCACAUUACACUCUUAAAGAUGAUGAGGCUGAAAUGCUUUCUACUCCAGAAGAAGCAGGGGGACAGCUUCUCCCCUUUUCCACUUCACCCCUCCCUUGCUCAGUCCUGCUUCUUUAUCCACCUCCUGUCUCUCCCCCCCCCCCCCCCCCCCAACACCCAGCCACUCUUUGUGCCAUUCACCACUCCCUUCCCCUUCUGGUCUGUCCCUUAUCCUUCCCAUCCACAUCUUCAACCCCUUCUACCUACAACUGCCUCCCCCUGCCUUACCCCGUCUAUCACUUAUCCCUACUCCCCUCUCCCCCCCUCAUCCACUCCUUCCUUUACCCCACUCCCACUUCUCAUUGCUCCAUGUCCCACCCUCCUCAGAAUACUGGAGUGACAUCAAUAAAGAAAUACUUGAAUAGCUUUUACAAAGUGUCGCCCACUUCCCUUGGGGUUUUUUUUUGGCACUUUGGUUUUCUAACGUUAGCAGUAAGUGUCUGAAGCAAAAGUUUGAAGAAAUAAUAAGGAAGUCUUUAGUUUAAUGUUGUCAAGUUUGGUCUGAUUAUACCUUGCAUGUAUUGUAUCUAUGCUCAAACCCUCAGCAAGAUGUGAUGUGAAUUGUUAAAUUGAUUUAGUGCCAAGUGUUAUUUGCAUGUUACAGCCUUUUACACUUUGUACAGCUUUUCUGUCUUCCUGACUUUGAAUUUUCUGUUUGAUAAAGGAAAAAUACAAUUGAGUUGGAGGUUUAAAUAAAGUAUAUUUUUGAACUGUCUCAUGGCAAAUACAGUGGGGAGACCAGGUAACAUCCAGUUGAAGCCCACCCCUCUGUUCGCUUUGACCCUGAUGUUAAAGCGGUUCCCAGCUGCCCUGCUGGUAUGUGUGCAGUGUUUUUGUUUACAGAUUGUUUGGUUUUAAAGAUUUUGGGGAGUUAGCUGACUUUCCACAAAGUAAUCCCAGUGGCUGUGUCAGUUUUGGAAGUGAGACGUUUUGCAAGGGCUGAGUUGAUUAUUGGAUACAUGACAAAUGUGUUUUCCCACUAUGGUCACCAUGACUAGUUACCAAAUGGUAUGAGGUAGCGCCAAGAGUUAACCUCUGCCUUUCCCUCCCUACUCCAUCCUGUCGCAGGCAUCUGGUUGGUGUCGCUUCCUCAUCACCAAACUGUAUCCCUAAAAAACACUCACUUCUCUCCAACCCAGCCUUAACUUUCCUCCAUUUCCCCCACCAUCCACUAGCAUUAAUGUGCCAUCCAUCUGCAGCCAUGCACUUCAUCCUCAAGUACCAACUGUUCAACCUCCACCCAAAAUACACCAGCCACAAAUUCUCAGACACUGUCCACUCCCCUCAAAUCUGCUCCUCCCUAAAUCAACCCCACCUUCGGGUUUUCUGGGUUUGACACUGGCAUUGGUUAUUUUGCCUCAUCCUUUGACCCACUAAAUGCCCUAUGACUGCACCCACCAGCACAAGUAAGCAGAUGACAGGGCAGGACUACAGCUGGUUAUGGAGAUCCCAAUACACAGUAAGAAUAGCUAAACCUACAAAUUAUUUACUGAAUGAAGAAGCAUUAUUUGAACAGUUUUAUCAACUUCCCCUCUGCUGAUCUAUUGUUCCAGGGUGUAGUGCACUGAUUAACUAGUCUGCCAUUUGGGAUUGAUUUUGACCAGACCUGGCUGCAGAGGCUAGCUGCACAGUGAAACUACUUGCAGCCUAUUUGGAUUACUGUCUGUGAAACAGCCUCAGUCUCCUCUUCCAGCUGAGCACUUAGCGCAGUAAGUGCCCCAGUGUGAUAAACCCAGACCUCAUGCCAGGGUCCUUCACAACUGCCACUGACUAGAGGGUAUAGUUGAAGGGGUAUUAGGGAUGAUGUAUGCUGGAGGGGAUUGCUGUCUCACCCAAGCACAGUUCCAUUGCCAAUCCUCCAGCUUCUUCACAAGUACUCAGUGGUCUUUGCCAGAAUCCUGUGGAAAAUGCUUCAUGAAUAUUUAAUUGCCAUCUUGUUAUCUUUUGAUAAUGUAAGCAUUGAAAACAAAUAUUUCAGUGACUGUUUUUCCAAACCCUUGCUGCUUUGUAAGUUAACAAACAUUUUAGAAUCCUGUGGGCUUUUUUUGGUACAAACUGAUUGUAUUUAACUCUGUAGGUUUUGUACAACUUUGCCUUUUAUACGAGGAUUAUAAAAUGAUUAACAAAUGUGAAUGAUAUUGAUUUCUAAACGUUUGCCACAAUGACCAAACCUCUCUACUAAAGUAAGAUGCAAUUUUGCUCUCAUUACAAAGAAAAAGCUUUUUUUUCCCCUGAAGUGUUAUUAUCUGUGUGUAUUUUCUUUUCUGUGUGAUGUAACCUUGAGACAAUUCAUUGAGUUAAUUAGAAAAGAUGGAAGAGAACCACUUGUAAGUUGUUUUGGAGCAAACUGUAGAGGUAUGGCAAAGUGUUGCAAGUUUGAAUAAAGCUGGUAUUUGCUUCAGA